UUUAAUAUUACCACCAAAAAAAAAAAAUAAAAAAAAAUCUACAGUUUAAGUUGAAUACUCGAGCUUGAAUUGCGUUGAAAGACUUUAAAGCUAAAAAUUCGAGUCCACAAAGCAGAGCAAGAGAAGCGAGAAAGUAUAGAGAGAGAAAAUAAUGGAGCUUCCCAACACCCAGAGAUACGGUGUUCCUCUCUACGGAGCUUCCUGGGUCCCAUCCCACGCCAUCAGAUCCACCAAUUCCGCCGACCCUAAAUCCGACGACUCCGACGCCGAUAAACCCGUCGACAAUCCGUCGGAAUUUCUCGUCCUCGCCGGCGGCGGCGGUGAAGGCCGUAGUGGUAUUCCCAAUGCUGUUCUCCUUUCCGAAUUCGACUUCGCUGCUAAUUCUCUGUCUCCUGAACCUGUUUUCAGAGUUGGAACUGCUAAUGAGUUGCCUUACAGAAUGGCUGUUCAUCCUCGAGGCGACGGUCUUAUUUGUUCCUUUCCAAAUAGUUGCAGGUGGUUUGAUUGGGAAAUGACUAAUGAUAAUGAAAAUGGAAAACUGGGUUUAGUCUCAUCCGACAAAGUGAGUACUAAGUUGGAAGAUGUUGGCCAACAAUUGGCUUUAACAUUCAGUGAGGAUGGCUCUUUACUUGCUGCUGGCGGUGAGGAUGGCAAAAUAAGGGUCUUCAAGUGGCCUAGCUUGGAAGUUCUAUUUAUUGAGGAGAAAGCAUAUACUUCUGUGAAGGAUCUACAUUUCAGUAUAGAUGGAAAGUAUUUGGUCUCUAUAGGAAGUGGUGGUCCUUGCAAGGUUUGGGAUGUAACCUCAUCAAAAGCCAUAGCUUCUUUAGCCAAGGAGAAUGACGAAAUUUUUAGGUUUUGUAGAUUUUCUCAAAGUAGUGAAAGGGACCAGGUUCUUUACACACUUGCUAUGCGAGGUAAAGGUGGGAGUAUUAUAUCCUGGAACACCAAAUCCUGGAAAAGAAUAACUUCAAAGCAUAUUGUCCGGGAUGCAGUUACAGCAUUUAAUGUCUCAGUUGAUGGAAAGCUCCUUGCCAUUGGGACCAAUGAAGGGGACCUUCUGGUUAUAAAUUUGUCAAAGAUGCAAGUCCAGAUGAAUGUAAAGAAAGCACACUUGGGUCUGGUAACUGCUUUGACAUUCUCACAUGAUUCAAGGGCUUUGGGUUCUGCUUCCAUGGAUUCAAGUGUCAGAGUGACACUGGUUCAAGACAAAAGCACCAAUGGUUUCAACUAUUGGAUCAUCAUCUUCAUUUUACUAGCUAUUGCCAUGUACUACUUGAUGAGUCAAGGAUUGAUUCCAGGAUACGUAACCAAGUCUGACUAAUGGAAUUUUUUGACAAGUCGAAAAAGUUUCACAAUGAUGCAUCAUGGUUGAGAUACAUUGAAGCCUCACUUUCAUGUAGAACAUGUCUAGAAUUCAUCCAAGAUUGCUUUGUACGAACUGCUUUAUACGUUGUUUAAGAAUUCUGAAGGAUGGAAGCGUGGCACAGACAAACCUCGAUAAUGUAUUUAUAUUAUUCUAUUAGACAAUUGAAUUUUUGUGACAGAAAAAACAUAAUAAGUAAAACAUGAUAUGUCCUUAUUCCUAAACAAGUUUACAUAUAAUUUUUUAUUUUAUUUAUUUUUUUGACAAGUACAUACAAGUUUUCAUAUAGCUGAUGAGAGUCAAGGGUGAAUAUAUAUGCAUACUCUAUUUAUGUUCCAAUCAAAAUUAUAAACUUGGCAUAUGAAUUAAUCCUUCAGUCUUA